GAACCAGCAUUGGGUUUGUUCAAAGACAAACAAGUGACAUGUAUACAGAAAAAUUAAGGCUGAAAUGAAAGUUUGAGGUUUCUGAUAUCAACAUUUUAAAGUUUUGUGAUAGCCUACUUUAAAAAAAAAAGUUUCAUUUGAUAAUCCUAAGGUGUACUUGUGGUAUCCUCAAAAGAAGUUUUAUUUCAAUAUCAUGUUCAUAGUUAUCCUUUAGCAUUCGAAACAAAGGACUAUCGGGAGCAGCUUGAGUCAACGGAGAUCCUAUGAAUUUGUUUUUCUCUUGAACAUUAUAAUUUUGUGAAAUAACUUUUGUACAUUCGAUGUUAAGUUGUUUAUUUCGAAAUGACGCCAAUAUAAUAAGGGCAUCUUAUCUCAUCUUUUGGAAGCAGCACACAUUUAUGAACCCCAGCAAAGCAGCAUUAUGGGAACGCACUCAGAGUUCAUUCUACUGAACUAUCUUGCAAAUUUAGGGAACUUUAGUUCAGCAGUAUUUUAUUUAUCAGAGCAGUGCGUAAGGUGAUCCUUUCAUUUGUUUAGACUGUUUCCAAAACCAGUAAUUUCGAUAGUUGAUUUUAGAAGCAAUAUUAUACUCAACAGAAUGGUGCUGAUAUAAUGUAGGCCUAAUCUAUAAGUUAUCAAAGGUGCACAGUAAGCUUCACAUAAAAAGAAGACAUCGAGACAAGCAUAUAGGCCUAGGCCUAAACAUAGAGUUCGAAUCUCUUUGACUAUAAACUAUAGAAUGAAUUUUAAUUUGGGAAAAUUCCUGUAUUUUGGGAUAGGGCUACUGCAAAUAUCAUUACAGAAUUCCCAGAGUUUGAAUACACACAUAAUUAUCAAGUGUUAUUUUGAUCAUAAUCAUGUUGGAAGUAAUGAGAGCUUUCACUCCAUUCGACUGGAAUAUCAAAAUUCAUUGGUGGCAUCGAUCAAUCACACAGGAGAAACGUUCAUAAACGCAACGUCAUCAUUUGCACCAAAUGUUACUUUUUCGCCUGUGACAAGCUUUCAGAUAAAUUUGGAGUUGGAUGUUGCAUCAAAUUAUUUGACCAGCCAUUUUGAUUGUUACAUUAAAAAAUUAUUGUCAGCAAACAAUUCUUUCAUACUUGAAAAAAAUCUCGUAGAGGAGGAGAAAGAAUCCACAAAUGAUGAUGGAAGUCAAAAGGAUGACAGUUCUCAAGAUGAAGGUUUGCAAGGAACACAUCUGAUCAUAGCUCUAAGUGGGACUGGCAUGCUUAUUGUCCUGAUAGUGAUUGUUGUGGUUCCGAUUGGUGUUUGGAGAAAAAGAAAAGAUAGAGUUCUUGAAGAAAGUCCUACAGAGAACUUCUAUAGGUCAUUUUGUGAUCCUGCAUCUGUACUUGAUCAAAAUCUAUUUCCACCCGACCUAUACACUUAUAGAAAAGAAGUGGACUUUUUCUUUUUAGAAAAUGAGGCUAAUGUUGAGUGUUCCCCAAUUGAACCUCAGCCUGAAGUUGAUGAGCCUACUCAAAGCACAUAUAAGUUGGUAAGACCUCUAAGAGUAUUUCAAAAUGAAACUCCUCAAAGUAUAUAUAAAGUGUGCUCCAGUUUUUUACCUCUGUCGGAAGAUGAUGUAACCCCGAAAUGUACUUGUAAAGAGUGCUCGUCAAUUAAGACUGGAAAAAUUUUCCAGAAGUAAGACAUUCAAGAAUAUUUCCUUAGUUUAAUUUCAGUCUUACUAACCUGCUACUUUCAUUAUUUUUGCAUACCUAAAUAAUGACCAAUGUAAGUUAGUGAUAAGCUUCUUUAUGGUCUGUAAUAGAUAUUGAUUUCAACUAUCCUAUAUGGUAGUUAAUGGAUCUACUUUGUAACAGUUAUAAGUUGAUUUUUUUUAUAUUGUUUUUAUGUAUUAAUUAUUGUGUUGUGUGUGUGUGUUAUCUCAUUAGAAGUAUUUAUUGCUUGUGAUUCAUAGAAAUUAUUCUAUGCAACAGUGUAAUUUUUUCAAAUGAAAUCAAUUAUUCAUGGUGCUUAAUUUUUUGUUAUAUUUUUGUAAAUAUUAAUUUUUCAAAUAUUACUGGAGAUAGGACUAUUGGUGGAAAUGUUUCUUAAGAUUUUGCUUGUUGUUUUAUUGUUUUAUUCAUAAAAAAUAUUUUGGGAAGAUACGUUAACUCUUUCUGUCCUAAUUGACAAUAUCAUUGUUAAUUUUACUCCAUUCUGCAAAAUAAUCAACGAUGUUAUCGUCGAUGCUUAAAAAGUCAAUUGUUUUGUUGUCUUUCCUUACAAAUUUCUUUUUAUUGCUUAUACAUAGGUCUUGAAUAGUUACCCUUUGGAAAAAAAUUACAGAUUUUUUCAUUUUCGUAUUUUUACAAAUAAACGAUGUUUUUAAAGAGCGGGGGCUAAAAGGCUCUAUAUUUCUAUACUAAUUUUUUAUAAGGGGUGUGACAUGGGAUAGUGACCUCAUGACGAUUAACAUAAAUGUUAAAUAUUAAGUUUUGUGAAAAUAUAAAUAGUUAUCAUAAAAAUUACUUUUUAUUCAAUUCGGAUAAUAAAAUAUUGCCUAGUUCUAGUCUAGAUGUAGUUUUGAGAGAGAAUUAUCCACAGUCAUGAAAUUGAAAUUUGUAAAUUGCAUUAUCCAAAAUAAACUUUUAUUUUGGUUUAUAAACAUCAAUUAAAAUUAUCUAAAAAGGGUGUGAAUUAUUCUUUAAUUUUAUUGUGUUUUUUUGUGUGUAUACCAAAUAAACAUUUUCUGAUAACAAGCAUACAAUUUAUUAAAGUUUAAUCUUACAGAGUAGUGACAUAUAAAUGGGCUAAAUGAAAAAUUCUGUUGGAACAUGGAAAAAUAAUUAUGGACAGAAAGAGUUAAGAAAACUUUUAUUCAAAUGUGAAAUACAGAGAAAAACAAUAUUAGUUGUCAUUCUACUUCUGCUAAAGGUAAAAUUCUAAAUUAUGGCCGAUGAAGGCUUGUUUCAUAAAAUUUAUGUUAAAACAAUGACAUUGUAAAUAUUUAAUUUGUAAAAAAUGUAUCCUUAUAUUGGCACAAUUACUUUAUAAGAACACUGGUAACUUGCAGUCAUAAACCUCACUGGAAUGUUAUUUGCUAAAUGUAUCAGAUAACUGUUUUUACCUAAAGACUUUAAGACAGGUAGGGUUGUCCAUUGUACAAUGUAAACUAUUAGGAUAGAUAUGGAAUUAGACUAAAAAAAAAAUUAGAUGUUUCUUUUAAAUGACAUGUUACUUUAAAAAAGGAAAUAAUUUCUGCCAUUAUUCUAUCUGGUCGUGCAUUAUUAUUGGAGACUUAAACUCAACUAGAUCAUUGCGAUGGUCAGGAGUUGUUUGGAUAAGUGUCUUUUGCUUUCUCCCUACUCUCAAGUCUUUUUUUUUUCUCUUCCAGUAAACAUUGACAUUAUCUGUCAACAAUCUUUCUCCAUUCUUCUCUGUCAUUUGUCUUUCCUUCUGAUAUUCUUUCUGAAAAUACUGAAACCUGCCUUUUUACCUGCCGGGGUGGACCACUUCAGGGGCCAAUUUUUUCGGCCUUUCUUUCUUUACAUUUUUAAGCAAGUUUUCUCUUUCUUCACAUAGUUUCUUUUAUAUAUUAAAUUAUCAUUCAUUUUUUUUCUUUUAUAAAUAUUUAGUUGGAAAAUAAUUUUUAGAUGGUUUUUAAAGUGAUUCCAGAGGUGAGUUACUGUUAAUGUCUUUUUUUUGAAAGAAAUGAUCUAUACACCUAUGAUAGUUUUAAAUAAUACCUUAUGUUAUGAAUUAAGUUAAAGAUCCAUGUUUUAAUAUAGUCUUGUAAGUUAGAUACCUAACAUUAGGUGUCAGCAGUUUUUCUGGCUUAUUUAGGCAACCCAUUUGAUGCCGUUGUAAAGAGUGGGGGUGUGUAAGAUGUCAGAUUGUGUGUGUGUUUGUUUAUUUUAUUAGUUGGUUUGUGAAUUGUUUUUAUCACGGGAUUUUCAAGGGGGGACAACAAGGUUUCUAGCGGUCAGUCUAGCUGUUGGAGAGCUGACCUGAUCUGAGUAGGGUGCUUGUGUUUGUUUACCAUUUUUUAUGCCUAGCGUAAGGAGAUGUUAUAACUUAUAUUAUUAUUCUUGCUAUGUGUGUGAACUGACUCUUUGUGGGUAAUAUUAUGGUGGCAUUGACAGCCUUUUGUUAAAUGAAUCUAGUCUAAGUGCCCUGUAGUAUUAAUUCUGGAACAUUUAGUAUUUCAGUAAUUGAUUAUGAGGCAUUCAAUAUUAUAUGUGUAACUUGCAGUUGGCUGUAAAUAAAUACUAAUGUUAUACUCCUACGUUAAGUGGUACUUUACGAUAUUUAUACAUGUAAAUGUCUGCAUGUGAGAAUCAUACCCUAGACUAUUGAGCUAUGUGUCUGUAGUAAAGAACUCAUCCCCAGUCCUUUACAUUUGGGGACUGUGAAUGCCCCUGGUGUUCCUUACAGCUGUAAUUACACUAGAAAAGUAAGAACACUUGUACAAAAUAGUCCUUGCUCUAUAUGCUGUAUUGAGUGAGAAAUUUCACUUUAUCUUUGUGUCUGAGUAUUCUAUUUAAUAUUAUUAUUUAAGGUACAUAUAGCACAUAUAAUUAUAUAUUGGUUAUCUUCUUGAUAAGAAAAUCUUUGUGUUAUAUUAGACGUCUUGUGGCGGAACUUUAAAUUUUUUGGUUUCGCAAAUGUCAUCAACUUUAUGAUGCACAACAGUGGGACUAAUGGAGACAUUUUUAAAUGUCUUCAAAAAGUUUUGAUUCAAAUAUUCUUACAUUCCCCUAUUGCAAAACUUUCUAUAUUUUACAAGGUGUAUAUAAGCAGAGGAAAACAUGUCUCUACUUAUAAUAUUUUAAUUUUUAAAAAGUUGUUGUUUUCUUUAUCAUAUCAGGAAUGCCUGAUAAAUUUGUUGUUAUUUUGAUGCCUAGGUAUUUAGAGUUUUUAGUCUGUGUAACUGGUUUACCAUUUGCCAACACCCUGUACGGCAGUGCUGAACAACUGAAGAAAACAGCACACCAUUUUCCUUGGCACAUUCUGCAAAAGAGCUCACAGUGCAGCAGCAAAAAAAAAAAAAACUGGCUAGAAGAAGAAGAAGAAGUUGCUCUUAAUAUUUAAUAUGUUUCUAGGUGAAAAGACAUGCUUCACUUAGAUUCAUAUUUUUGUAAUUCUUCUAAAUCACUUCUUUGUAUUUUCUAUGUAUUAUGAAAUCAUGAAAUGUUGCUGAAAUGUAUAUAUAUAUAUAUAUAUAUAUAUAUAUAUAUAUAUAUAUAUAUAUAUAUAUAUAUAUAUAUAUAUAUAUAUAUAUAUAUAUAUAUAUAUAUAUAUAUAUAUAUAUAUAUAUAUAUGUAUGUGUGUGUGUGUGCGCACACGUUUUUUUUUAUUAUUUACUUGCACUUUGAUGCACAUUUUCUAAAUUGAACUAAGAGGAAAAUAAAUUAGGAGAUUAUAUUAGGUAGGUGCUGCUCAAAUAUCUAUUUACUGUCUAGUCUAGACCUGUGUAUAAAUAUUUAUAUGAGAUCAUUAAUACUAGAUAUAAUAGUAUAUUUAGUAUAUAGUCUCUUCACAACUAGAGAAAGUAGUUUUUCGUUUAGAGUGAUUUUAUGUUCUAUAUUAUCUGAUGAAUUAUAAACGUUACUUUAAAAAAAUCUUUCUCAAGAUAUGAGAUUGUGUGUGUGUUUGUUUAUUUUAUUAGUUGUGAGAUUGUGUGUGUGUUUGUUUAUUUUAUUAGUUGUCAGUGGUGAACUGUUUAGCACGUGAUUUUCAAUGGGGGACAAUAAAGUUUCCUGUGGUCAGUCUAGUUAGUUGGAGAGCUGGCCUGGUCUGAGUAGGGUGCUGGUGAUUGUUGUCAGUUGUAUUGCCUAGAUUAAGGAGAUAAUAUCACUGCUAUGUAUGUACCGAAUAUUUGGGGUAAUGCUAUGUUGUGUCAUGAUACCCUUAUGUAAUCUAUUAUUAAAUCUAGUCUAAGUGCCCUAGAAUAUUUUAAUUGGGCACAUUUAGUACUUAUAAUAUUGAUGAUUGUGUAUUCUAUAUUAUAUGUGUAACCAAUGUUGAUACUGUAAAUAAAUACCGAUUUUUA